AUGGCGCCCAGGCGCUCCAAGCUCUCGCUGAGCAAGCGAAGAGACUUAUCGCAGGUGCUUUGCUCCAUCACAGCCGGGUGCAGCUCCAUUCAAAGAGAACCACGGGAGUUCUCCAAAGUCCUCCAUACUUUUGGUACCGACACAGCCAACUGGGAAGAGCGGCGUUGCAUCUCUCGAGAUGAGGUGCGGGAACCCUUCAUUUCACCCUUCAAACACUGCCGUGCUCUUGGGGAAGACGGUCCUCAGGGUCCUCGGUCGGGCGUGCAGAACCACAACAGGUCGCCCAUCGUGGGGCGCAAGCACAGCAACGAUGAGGUCCUUGCUCGAGCUCGGCGCGUGAUCAUUUCGGCUAAGGCCCAUCGCGAGAUGACUUGGGACAAGGUAUUUGCAGCAGCCGAUUCGGACAAGUCUGGUGCGCUGGAUGCCAAGGAGCUGAAGCAGGCGGUGCGCACGGCGCUUCGAAUCACGCCAGAAACACUUCCGGACUAUGACUUGCAAGUUCUUUUCGAUGCCAUUGACCACGACAAGAGUGGCUCCGUGGAAAUGCCAGAGCUUCUCGAGUACGUGUCUCAUGGCUCCAGGCGGCCUGACGAUGAGUCGAAACUCAUGGAGAAGAAGACUGCGCGGGUUCGGCGCAACCUCAACCUGGCUUUUCGGAAGUACACGGCGUCGCAUUCUGCCAUAAACGAACUGUUUGCAAACAUCGACGCAGGCGGUGAUGGCAAAAUCUCCUUGCUCGAGUUCCUCUACUUUGCCCGCCACACCCUGUACUUGACCGCUUACGACGUGGGAGACAUGGAGCUGAAGCAGUUCUACAAAAGCAUCGACCGGGAUGGAGACGGAGUGGAUGCCGAGGAGUUGCUGCAUUUUAUAAAGGAGCAGCAUGCGGAACUCUCAAGCAGAAAGGUGUUCUCUUUCAUGGACGGCAAUGCUGCGGAUGCCAUCAAGAAAGAGCCAUGGAAGCAGCGCAACCCAUUCGAAAAAGCAUGUGCUGCCAGCAAGGGGCCCAGUUGCGUGUUCGUCAACCUUGGGCGCAUCAAACCGCCCAGCAUGCGGCUCGCAAUGUCCAGCCGGUAG